AUGCAAGGCGUCCACGGCUACCGUCUCGGCCGAUCCGACGGUGGAGUCCGCCUCGAAUUAACCCCCACCACCUCUUCUCCUCUCGCGAUCGAUAUAUCCGAAUCCACCGAAAUGAGGAUCCAACGCCUCAUAACAGAGAAUCCAGUCAUCAUAUUCAGCCGCUCAGCCUGCUGCAUGUGCCACGUCAUGAAACGCCUCUUCUCUUCUCUCGGUGUAUACCCUACAGUCAUCGAAUUGGAGGAGGAUGAGAUCGACGCACUCUCCGCUUCACAGCAGGAUGGCGGAGGUGGUGGUGAGACCGUAGCUCCGGCGGUGUUCAUCGGAGGGACGCGUGUUGGAGGAUUAGAAAGCCUCGUCGGACUCCACUUGAGCGGUCAUCUUGUUCCGAAGCUCGAAGAAGUUGGUGCUCUGGCGUUGUAG